AGGCAAUCCAUUCCUAUGAUUCUUUUCUUUCUUUUCCAUUGCCUUCCCAGAAACAAAAAGGUUUGAUUGUUCUCAGCAAGAGGAAAAAUGGCAGGGUCUGACGAGACAUUUCCAGCUGCAGAUGUUAUAGGAGAAUUGAAUACCGCUCACAACAAGAAUAGCUUCCAAGUUGAUUCUGCCUCGUCUGACAUUGCAACCUCUAUUGAAACCAAGGAACGAGAUGAGGUGCAAAAAGAAAGAGAAAGAAAGGAGAAGAUGCAAAGCCUGAAAAGGGGAAUUAUAGUGUCGGCUGUGCUGGUGGCUGUGGGUGGUGCAGCCUUUGCCAUCUUCAGGAAAUUAAGAGAGAAAUAGAAAUGAACAUACCAACGGGCAACGGCUAUAUAUUUUGUUGUUAAAUCCUAGCUUCUUCUUUUUCUCUUUUUUUUUUUUAAUAUUAUUUUUUUCUUGUUUUCUCUAUGCUAAUUUUCUAAGAAGGUUCUGUCCAACAAGCAACGAGAACUCAACUAACACCAGAAAGAACAAUGUUGUGUAAUGGACAUAUUAAUGAAAUGAGAACUCUUGU